GGGGAAAAUUGGCGGGGAGAUGGAUGGAUAAUGCUAGAGGAGUAAGAACGAAAAAUUGGAGUAGAUAGAAUAGAACGAGAAAGACGGAAAAACCCUAGCCUUCUCUCUAAUGGCAGCAUUUCAGCUCCCUUCAUCGUUUCUCACCGUCUCUUAUAUUCGGUCUAUAGGUUUCCAGAAAGGCCAAAGCCGAUUUGAAGAAGCUAAAUUUACUCGGUUGUGUAAACUGAGUUUUAUCGGAGCGGAGCCUACUCUGUUCUCUAUCCUCAGAUAUUCGAUAAUCGGGUGGAAGUCUACUUUGGAAGUACGAAAAUCUCUACAGCUAGAGCCAGUAAGAGCAUCCGCUGAUUGCGACAAUGGAGCUCCACCGAAAACGACCCGCAGAGGCAGGAAAAAGGGAACCGCUGCUUCUCCUUCCACCUCUUCUACAAGAAAAACAGAACGUUCGAAGAAACAAGAAGCUGACAAUGUGGUAGUCGAAGAAAAGAGUUCGAAAGAAGGACCAAAGGAGGAAAGGGCAGUAGCAGCAGCAGCAGCAGAAGAAGAAGAAGAAGAAGAAGAAGAAGAAGAAGAAGAAGAAGAAGAGGAUUAUGACGACGGAAUUGAUUUCCCUUACGAAUAUCCUCCGUUGAUUUGCUGCUUCGGUGCUGCACAGAAAGAGUUCGUUCCGACGGUGAGGGUUUCCGAUCGACAGAUGCAUCCUGACAUUUACUCCCAGUGGAAGUCACUCCAGUGGGACCCGCCAGAGUUCGUCAGGGCACCUGGUGGGCCGGCGUCAAAUGUUGCCAUUUCCCACGUCAGACUCGGCGGUCGAGCGGCGUUCAUGGGGAAGGUUGGAGACGAUGAUUUCGGUGAAGAGUUGGUUUACACAAUGAACAAGGAGAAGGUUCAGACAAGGUCUGUCAUAUUCGAUUCGGAUGUGAAGACCGCGGCUUCUUAUAUGAAAAUCAAAUUCGAGGACGGGAAGAUGAGAGCAGAGACCGUGAGAGCGUGUGCGGAGGAUUCUCUCCAGAGCUCUGAAGUCGAUUUUGCUGUACUAAAAGAGGCCAGAAUUUUUCAUUUUAAUUCAGAAGUUCUUACAUCUCCGUCUAUGCAUUCUGCCCUCUUUAGAGCGAUCAGAUUGACAAAAAAGUUUGGAGGACUUGUGUUUUUUGAUUUGAAUUUGCCUUUGCCUCUGUGGAGGUCGCGUGAUGAGUCUUGGGAGGUGAUUAAGAAAGCCUGGAAUGAAGCAAAUAUCGUUGAGGUAUCAAAGCAGGAGCUGGAGUUUCUUUUAGACGAGGAGCAUUAUGAGAGGAAGCGAAAUUACAGACCUCAAUACUAUGCUGAAUCUUUUGAGCAGACAAAGAACCGUCGUGACUAUUACCAUUAUACCCGCGACGAAAUCUCUCCGUUGUGGCAUGAUGGAAUAAAGUUCCUUUUCGUGACUGAUGGGACAUUUCGAAUUCACUACUACUCCCCCUCAUUUGAUGGUGCAGUGGUUGGAACCGAAGAUGUACUUAUAACCCCCUACACUUGCGAUAGGACUGGUUCUGGUGAUGCUGUUGUCGCUGGUAUUAUGAGAAAGCUGACAACUCAUCCAGAGAUGUUUGAAAACCAAGAUGCGUUGGAGAGACAACUUCGCUUUGCAAUUGCAGCCGGAAUCAUAUCACAGUGGACAAUUGGUGCUGUGAGAGGUUUUCCAACAGAGAGUGCCACGCAGAAUCUGAAAGAGCAGGUUUAUGUACCUUCAAUGUGGUAAGAGUAUUUGCUAGGUAACGAGAACCAAAAGUCUCUUUCCGGCAGUAGGUUGGAUGUGGGAUCGAUCCUCAUUCUAAAAUUGUUGGACUAAUUUGGUAGAGACGAGAUUCUUGACAUCCUUGUAACGAUGUUAUGCCUUUUCUGAUCUUCUUUUUUGAAACAAAUGAUGGCAAUGCUGCAUUGUUGUACACAGUUGAAUGCCAGGAUUCACUGUCAGAUUGCCUUUGGGCAAUACGUGAAACAUAAGUUUACAACUAAAUUAGAGAAUUGUUCAAAUGUCCAUCUGAAAUGUUUACAGUUUCA